AUGAAUCUAGUCAAUUGGAUAAUCUUCCUACAUCUACUUGUUCUUCAAAUCGAGUGUCUCUUCUUGAAAAACGAGCAAGAUGUUCUUCAAGAACUAUUUGAGAAAGGAGACAAUGGAACAAAGUUCGAAAUGAUUUUGAAGAAAAUUCUAGAUGGUAAAAACUCCGUUCAAAAACUUUUCUUUCUAACUAUUCUAGGCGAUACAACAUGUCUCGGCUCUCUUGUCAAUAUCGGCCAAACAGCUCUCAAAUCGUUUUCGAACCACACCGAAACGUUUGGUUCCAAUUUUGAGUAUAAUUGGGCAGUCCGUUUGAUUGAUGCUCUUCCCACUAAACCACCUGGAUUAGGCAGAAAAGGACCAUUUUUCUUCAUUGGAGAUUUUGAAACAUGCAGAGAAUUGUGGUCAAGUGAGAAGCAUGUACAAUAUUGUACGGUUAAAGGAGUUGUCAAUUUUCAAAAUGAAUUAUCUCCAGUGACAGCUGGUGUAUGCGUGCCAUCAGAAUGCAAAGAGCAUCAUAUCGAAAAACUUUUCAUAUUCACCAAAAAGAAGUUUUUAAAUGGGAAAAUGGAGAAUAUAUCGAUUCAUUGUUCAGAUGGAAAAGACGAAACUUGGAAGAGCAAGAAAACUUUUGUUCUCUUUGCCGUUUUCUUCAUGAUCGCACUUCUUACAGUCGGAACUCUCAUAGAAAAGAUGGAUCGAGAAGGAUUGAUUAAAAAGAGUGGAACUAAAAUGAGAAGAAUUGUUCAUAGAAAAAAAUUUCGAGUAAACUCCUCCUUGACUGGUUCCAUGAGCGAUGGUAGAUCAGCUGGCGGAAAGCAAUCAUCAGGAGAUGAGAAUGAAUCGACUGCCAACCUAUCUGUGAAUCGACCAUAUGCUCCAUCAAUCGCUCUCACCUACCGUAAUCUCUCCUCAAUUCAUCUCUCCAAUUCUCAACUUAUCAAUAUUCUCUCUUCCUUCUCAAUCCGCUCCAGUCUCAACUACUUAUUCCGAAAUUCGACUCGAGAUGUGAAACUGGUCAACAUGUUCCGUGUAUGCAGCUCUUUCUGGGUCAUUUUUUCCCAUACUUGUCUGUUUUCAUUGAAUUUCACGGAUACGGUUAGAAGUGUUGCCAGAAAAGGAGAAAACGUGGUUGGAUGGAGAAAUUUCAUGUUGAAUUCGUCAUUGGCAGUUGAUACGUUCUUAUUCUUAUCUGGAUGUGUAGCCACUUACUCCAUCAGAAAGAGGCUGAUGUUUAGAGGGUCGGAUUCGACGUUUCCACUUAUCAAGUGCCUCUCUCUAUUUUUCCAUCGCUGUCUUCGUCUCCUUCCUGCUUUUUCCCUUUAUCUACUUUUCAUAUCCACUGUUUAUAAUCAUUUAUCCGAUGGACCAUUUUGGAAUUCCCAAGGAAUGUUUGGAACCGAAUGCUCAGCAUCUUCUCUUUGGCCUCAUUUUGCCUUCCUCGCCAACUUCUUCCCGUCGCAUUGUGUUCCAUGGCUCUGGUAUAUUUCUCUUGAUUUCCAGCUCUACUUGACGAUCCCAAUCAUCAUCUAUUUUAUCUCCAAAUUCCGUCUUGGUUGGUUGUUGGUGGUGGUGUUAUGCAUUUUGUCCCUCACCUACCGUACUCUUAUGUACUCCAUUUUCACAUUACCAGCCAACAUGUUUGUGGAUAUGUUAUCGGGAAACUUUGGAAAGGCAGAAUUGUCUUUCAAAUUACUCUACACUUCUCCACUAUCCAGAUAUCCGCCAUUCCUAAUCGGAAUUCUAACUGGAUGGUAUACCUGUCAGAUCAGAUAUCUUGGAACUCUUCGAUCUAUAACUGCAAUCGGACUGAAAAUUCUCGCGGUUUUGCUUCUCGUAAUUGCUCUGUUUGGUCCAUUCUUCUCAUGGAACUGGCUAGUUUAUACUCACUCUGUCACUAAUCGAAUGAUUUGGGCGAUCGGUUUGGCGAUUAUAGUAGUAUUGGCUCAGAAUGGAUACAAUUUUGGAAUAUUCAAAGUUUUUGGUGGGCACGCACUAGUGGUUUUGUCAAGACUCUCGUUGGGAGUUUAUCUCUCUCAUGAACCCAUUCUUCUCUUCUAUCUAAACUCUCUUCGUCAGCCAAUGUCACCGAACACUUUUGGAUAUUUCAUGUUUAUCACAAUAGCAAUAUAUGCCAUGUCCUUGGUUUCUGCGUUUUUCAUUGCAAUUACAAUCGAAGUCCCAUUGCUCAUACUCGAAAGAAAACUAUUUAUGACAACAAGAAAAAUGAAUGAAGAUGACUUGAAAGAUCGAAUGGAAAGACACGUGUCAUUUGGAGAGACUGAAAUUGAGAUGAUUGAAGAAAAAGACGACGAAGAAUCAGAUGAUGAAAUGGAUCCAGAGGAGAAAACGAGACAAUGGCUUGAAACUGGAAAAUUAUGUGCUCAACGAAGCGAUUUGGAUGUGAUUGAACGGCAAAUAAAAGAGGAAGAAAGUGCUGUGAAUAGUUCAACUUCGUGUUGA